CGAGGAGAACAGGCCAUUCGACAGGGAGAUUCAGAAAUAGCGGAAGCUUGGUUCGAUCAAGCGGCUGAAUACUGGAAACGUGCUAUAUCGCUUACUCCCGGUAAUUAUAUCGAAGCGCACAAUUGGUUGAAGAUCACGAGGCGUUUCGAAUAA